AUGGCUCGUAUUAGUGGCAUCCAAAGCUCAUACAACUACCACUUUAGCAACUUCCUGCUAGAGCUAGAGAAGACCUUGACCAAAGAGUUCAGUGAAAUCCUUAGGCUAGAAGCUGAAUUUUGGCAACUCAAGUCUAGAAUCAACUGGCUAGCUGAAGGGGAUGCAAACACUAGCUUCUUCCACCUCACCACCCUUAACAGAAAAAGGAAGAACAAGACCCUAGCCAUUCGGAAUGAAGUUGGGGAGUGGAUUCAUGAUAGCCUAGAAAUUAAACAGAAAAUCCUCCUUUUCUACUCCAACCUCUAUAAAUCUGAGCUAAACUCCUCACCAAGAGUCAUUACUCAGGGAAAACCUAGAGAUAUUAUUUUAGGGCAAGCUGAAGUUACUAGCCUCUUCUAUCUUCUGAAAGAUAUUGAAAUAAAGAAAGCCCUUUUUUCCUUCAAGCCCAAAAAAGCUCCUGAGCCUGAUGGACUCUACCCUUUAUUCUAUCAAAAGUACUGGGAUAUUGUCAAAAACCAAGUCACAUCCUUUUGCCAUAAAGAAUACAUCUCUCAUUUCAAAUCCAUGAAAGGUAGAAAAGAAAACAUGAUCCUAAAAAUUGACCUGGAAAAGGCCUUUGACAGGUUAGAGUGGUCCUUUAUAAGAGAAAUGCUUUCUUUCUUCAACUUUCCAGCUCAACUCUCCAAGAUCAUCAUGUCCUGUAUUAGCACUAGCUCCAUAUCUGUCUUGGUGAAUGGAGGAAAAACUAUGCCUUUCCAACCAACUAGAGGAAUUAGACGAGGAGACCCUAUGUCACCAUACAUUUUCAUCUUGUGGAUGGAACUCCUCCCUAGGAGCAUUGAACAUAGAGUCAACCAAAAAGAUUGGACCCCCAUCUCUGUCAGUAAAGGAGGCCCUAAGAUCUCUCAUCUGUUCUUUGCUGAUGAUCUGACCCUCUUCUCCCAAGCUAACAGUAGGAAUGUCAAUACCAUGUUAGACACUCUUGCCAGCUUCAGCACCAAAUCAAGACAAAGGAUAAACUUCACCAAGUCAAAAGUAGUCUUCUCUUCCAACACCACCCUGGACUCCAAAAGAAAUAUCUCAACCAUGUUAGGAAUCAACCAGAGUGACAGCUUUGGUAAAUACUUAGGAUUUCCCAUCUUCUAUAACAAGCCCACAAAUGCUAAUUUCCAAUACAUUAUUGAUAAUCUCAACAAUAUGAUGGCUGGAUGGAAGACUCAGUUCAUGAAUAUGGCAGGAAGAACCACCCUGGCCAAAGCUACUCUUAGCAGUACCCAAAACCACACAAUGCAGUACAUUGCCCUCCCUAGCAAUGUCACUAAGCACAUUCAUAGAGCCCAAAGGAACUUCAUUUGGGGCACUACUUCUGAAAGAAAAAGAUGCACUUAG